AUGUCGGCCCCGUCGGCUCCUCUGGCUCCCUCGGCCCCAUCGGCUCCCUCAGAGAAGAGGCAUCGGAACCAAAAGUACUGCAAGAUAUGCGCCAAGCCCAUCGACGGCCAGUUCGUCCGUGCCUCCAGCGAAAACUACCAUAUCGACUGCUUCAAAUGCGAGGACUGCUCCCAGGUCGUGGCUGAAAAGUUCUUUGGCCUGAAGGGCUCGGACGGACGGAUGCAUGUAUUCUGCGAACGAGACUACUUUCGGCGUCUGGACCUGCUCUGCGCAAAGUGUGGCGAGGCGAUGCGUGGCCCCCAUAUCAGCGCCCUCAACAAAAAGUUCCACAUGGAGCACUUUACAUGCUCCGUGUGUCCAAAGAUCUUCCGCCAGCGGGAUUGCUACUACGAGCGGGACGGCCAGAUCUAUUGCCAGGAACACUACUCCAAGAGCUUUGCGGCGAGAUGCGGCGGAUGCCGGACCUUUGUUCUCAAGAACUUUGUCGAAAUCACCAAGAACGAGAUUACCGAGCACUGGCACCCGGACUGUUACAUGAUCUACAAGCUUUGGAAUGUCAAGCUGGCGUCCAUCACUGAUUCGGAAGCUGACCCCGACAGCCAAGUCGUCGACUCGGUGCAGCAGGAGGCCAUCUUCGAAAAGGUUCGCAAGAUUCUGACGGUGCUCUCGACCUUUGAGGACUCGGCAGCCGAGUGCAUUACCGGGAUCCUGCUGAACGUCACCAACGAAAACUACCGAAACGGUGUGAUCCACGCCGGCAAGUUCAUUUCCCACAUCGACGCCCUCUUCGAGGGCCUGGAUGAGAUCGAAAACAAGCUGCAGGGCCACAGCGACUCGACGGGCCUGUCGCACGAUGCCGAGCCCAAGCAGCUUGUCAAGCGCAUUUCCUUUUUCCUCUCGCUCCUGAGCGUCGCGCCGUCGCAGCGUCGGCAGCAGGUUGCCCAGGAGAUGGUCCGUCUCGUCACCAGUCUGGCACAGAUGCUCAAGAUCCUGAUCCGCGCGGCCCUUGAUGGCGCCCUCAGACUGGAGCGAAAGUACAACGAGCCCGUCACGGUCGAUCGCUUUUUGGACCGCCUUAUUGCCCUGGGCGACAUCCAGGACGAAACCGAGGCCCAACGGCUGUACCAGCAGAGCCAGCAGCCUCGAAUGGUCGAUACCUGCACGCUGUGCUCCAGCACCGUCGAAGAGGCUUGUCCGCAGCGGAAAGGCACGAUGCGAUGGCAUCCGAUCUGCUUCCACUGCAGCGUCUGUCGGGUGUCGCUAACGGAGCAGCUUCGGGAUGCAGCCUGUCAGCCCGAGACCGGUGCCCUGUUUUGCCUCACCCACGCUCCCAAGAACGUCGUGCGGGACAUUACUUCCAUCACCCAGCUCCAGCAGUUCAACUUUUCGCUGCGCUGUGCGCUUCAGCGACUGUGCGAGAGCCAAAGCAUAUCCUUCUACAAAUCGCCAUCGCUUGGUGAGCUAUCUCACGAUGAGCCACCAAAGAUCCAGAUCGUGCCGUCGGCGCCGCCCGUCGAGUAUGAAGACGAGGAGUACAUUCCCAACGACAUGAUGGGUGUGUCUACCCCCAAGGCCAAGGCUCUUACCAACGGCGAGGUCGAUGAUAGUGCUGCAAUCUCGUCGUCCCAAGUCGGCGGGCUCCAGGUGGCCGCCGAGAACGGCACCCAUCACUACCCCGAUGUUCGGCCCGCAAUCGGCCGCACGCUGUCGCAGUACCGACGAUCUCACAACAUCAACAACGGCAACAUUUACAUUUCGGAGCUGUCCGGUCUCGAGGCCCUGCAGCUCGAGACUCACGCGCUUGAGAGGCUGAAGGAGUUCCUGCCCGACGAGGUUGCUGCCUACCGCCAGUUUUUGGAUUCCAAGAAGGGGGGUGGCGUCUGGUCCCGGAUGACCUCGGCGCUCAAGCCCAAGCAAAAGCAGAAGGAAGUCAAGGUCGACGGCACGUUCGGAGUCGCCCUCGACAUUCUGGUCGAACGCAACGGUGUCGACACUGACCUUGGUGAUCGCACCUCUAUUCGCAUUCCUAUCAUCAUGGAUGCUUGCAUCAGGACCCUGCUGAACAUGGAUCUGCAUGUCGAGGGCAUCUUCAGAAAGAACGGCAACAUCCGCCGGCUGACAACCCUCCACGAGAACCUCGAUCGCGAUCCGCGCAACAUUGAUCUCAGCCAGGACCAUCAGAUCCAGAUCGCGGCGCUGAUGAAGAAGUUCCUGCGCGAGUUGCCCGAGCCGUUAUUGACCUACAAGCUCCACAACCUGUUUGUCGCGACACAGAAGCUGCCGUCCGAGACCAACCGCUACAAGACGCUGCAUUACGUGUGCUGUCUCCUUCCCAAGCCCAACCUGGACCUCCUUUCGGUUCUCGUGUGGUUCCUGGGCCACGUGGCCUCUCACUCCGAGGUGGCCGAGCCUCAGAAUCCGGACGCCAUUGCCCUCCAAGACAUGAGCGUCUAUGUCGAAAAGACUGGCGGCAACCGCAUGAACAUCAAUAACCUGGCGACAAUCAUUGCCCCGAAUCUGCUCAAGUCAUCCAGCGGCAACCCCCUGGACGACGACCCGAUAUCGUCGGUGCAGUGCCUAAAGAUGAUGAUCAAGCAUCAGAAGCAUCUCUGGGUGGUUCCGAGCGAUCUCAAGGCCAUUAUCGAUCCCGAGGGAGCCAGCACGCUGAGCGACAAGCAGAGCGGAACCAGCAUCUACCGACAUACGAACCGAGGCUACGGCAAGGUCGAACCCUAA